AUGGCGCAAUACGGAGGGGGAGCUGGGUUCCCCCCAGGGGCAGGGUUCGCGGGAAUGGGCGGAUACGGGGGCAUGGGCGGGGGAAUGGGGGGAAUGGGUGGGGGAGGGUAUGGGGCAGCUGCAGGGGGGUAUGGAGGAGGGGGAGCAGCGUUUGGAGCCGGUGGAGGGGGGUAUGGAGCGGUGGGAGGGCAGUAUGGGGUGGGGAGCAGCAACGGGCAAGGGACAACGCUUUCUGAGUUCCUGGCCAACCCCAAUGCAGCAAGAGCGUCAGGGAAGCCAAUCAACUCACAGGCGGAGCAGCUGUUCCAAAGGGAUGCAGCCAUGAUCAACCCGGCAGCAUUGGAGGGUGUUAAAGCUGCCCUGGCCAGUAACGUGCCGCUGGGCAUGGCCGGGCAGGCUGCCGGGCAGCAAAAGAAAAAGCGGCCGGUGCCGAGAACAGCAGCCGGGCAGAAAUGGGAAGAUCCAACUCUAACUGAAUGGCCCGAGAACGACCACCGGCUGUUCUGUGGCGAUCUGGGGAACGAGGUGAACGAUGACGUUUUGUCCAAGGCGUUUCAGAAGUACGCGUCGUUCAACAAGGCCAAGGUGGUGAGGGACAAGACUACAGGCAAGACCAAGGGGUAUGGGUUCGUGAGCUUUGGUGAAGUGAUGGACUGUGCUGCUGCUCUCAAGGAGAUGAACGGGAAGUAUGUGGGCAAUCGGCCAAUCAAAUUGCGCAAGAGCUCGUGGCAGGAGAGGAUCGACACGGAGGCUCUUAAAUCUCGAAACCGGAGCAGCCGGCGAAUCCGCCGCGAUUCCGUCUUCCUACCGGAUUCCGUCCAUCGUGUAUUCUCCUCCAUCCUGACUCCUGAUCCGGACUGCGCUUCCCUCGUCCCUCGCUCCUGUGCCAUGGCGUACACGCGUUCCGAGGUCGUGGAGGAGGAGGAAGCUUCCACAAUAGAGCUACUGGGCGACUCGGUCAUCCCAGUAGUUAAUAAACUGCAGGAUAUCUUCUCCCAGCUCGGAUCAUCCAGCGCGAUCGACUUGCCGCAAGUAGCCGUUGUGGGAAGUCAGAGCAGCGGGAAAUCCAGCGUGCUCGAGUCGCUCGUCGGGAAGGAUUUCCUGCCACGUGGAUCCGACGUGGUUACGCGCCGACCGCUGGUGCUCCAGCUGGUGCAGGUGCCGAAGCGCGCGGACGGCAAGGCGGAGGAAUGGGGGGAGUUUUUGCACCUGCCGGGGAAGAGAUUCACGGAUUUCUCCGCGAUCCGGGACGAAAUUCAGCUGGAGACGGAGAGGGAGGUGGGGAUAAACAAGGGCAUAACGGAGAAGCAGAUUCGGCUCAAGAUCUUCUCGCCGCACGUGCUCACAAUAACCCUCGUGGACCUGCCCGGCAUCACCAAGGUGCCCGUCGGCGACCAGCCCUCCGACAUCGAGGCGCGCGUGCGAUCCAUGAUCCUCGCCUACAUAAAGCACGAGACCUGCAUCAUCCUCGCUGUUACCCCUGCCAAUGCGGACCUGGCGAAUUCGGACGCCUUGCAAGUGGCACGCAUGGCUGAUCCGGACGGGCAUCGAACGAUCGGAGUUAUUACCAAGCUCGACAUCAUGGACCGUGGCACAGAUGCAUGCAACCUGCUGCUAGGGAAUGUCAUUCCGCUGCGCCUGGGCUACGUGGGCGUCAUCAACCGCAGCCAGGAGGACAUUAACGCGAAGAAGAGUGUCAAAGAUGCUCUCACCUACGAAGAGGCCUUUUUCCGAAGCAGACCGGUUUACCAUGGCUUGGCGGAUCGGUGUGGGAUUCCGCAGCUUGCUAAGAAGCUCAACUCGAUUCUAGUGCAGCACAUUCGCCUGCUGCUGCCAGAUCUCAAGGCGCGGAUCAACGCUCAGAUGGUGGCGGUGCACAAGGAGCUUGUGGGGUACGGGGAGGCGGCAGAGCGGGCCACCAUGGGAGUUCUUUUGCUGAACAUUCUCACCAAGUACUCUCAAUCCUUCGUGACGAUAGUGGAUGGCAAGAACCAGGGCAUGUCCACAGCAGAGCUGGCGGGAGGAGCUCGAAUCCACUACAUCUUCCAAAGCAUCUUUGUCAAAUGCAUCGACGAGGUGGACCCCUGUGAGGACCUUUCAGACGAGGACAUUCGCACAGCCAUUCAGAACGCCACGGGAACGAAGAAUGCGCUUUUCGUACCGGACGUGCCCUUUGAGGUGCUGGUGAGGCGGCAGAUAUCGCGUCUGCUGGACCCCUCGCUUCAAUGCGCGCGCUUCGUCUACGACGAGCUAGUCAAGAUCGCUCAUCGCUGUGAGUCGUACCAGCUGGCCCGCUUCCCUGUAUUGAGGCGCAAGGUGGAGGAGACGGUGGGGAGCUUUCUCAGGGAGGGGCUCACUCCUGCUGAGACCAUGAUUCGGCACCUCAUUGACAUGGAGGAAGGGAAGGGCAGUGAGGGAGGAGGGCAGGGAGCAGCAGGGGCUGGCGCUGCUGGUGGUGCACUCACAGCAGUGGCAGCAGGAGGGGGGUCCCCGUCAACUGCUGCAGUGGCGUCAGUGGCAGCAGUGGCAGCAGGAGAGCAGCUUCGUUCUGAGUCCCACGGGAAGGGCAGUGAGGGAGGAGGGCAAGGAGCAGCAGGGGUUGGCGCUGCUGGUGGUGCACUCACAGCAGCGGCAGCAGGAGGGGGGUCCCCGUCAACUGCUGCAGUGGCGUCGGUGGCAGCAGCAGCGAAGCAGAGGGUGAUGCUGAUGAGGAAGGAGGGAGCGGGGCAGGGUCAGGGAGGGCAAGAGCAGCAGCAGCAACAGGGGGGCAAGCAGGCAGCCACUGCAAAUGGCACAGUGGCAGACAAACAAGGGUCCUCGUGGGGCAUUUCGUCCAUCUUCGGCGGGCAGGAGAGGAACCGAGGAGGAAACGUCUCGUCUGCCACAGCGCUCACGCCCUUCCCACUCGCUUCGCCUGAACCCAUGUCUGCCCCUGGUGGUUCUGCUCCCAACGAGCCUGCAUCCACAAUCCUUCUCAGAGAGCCGCCCUCGAUUUUGCGAGCGAGCGAGCAGCGAUCAGCAGAGGAGGGCGUGGAGAUUGGGGUAACCCGCUUACUCUUAAAGUCAUACUAUGACAUUGUGAGGAAGAACAUUCAGGAUGCGGUACCCAAGGCGAUCAUGCACUUCCUGGUUAACCAUGUGAAGAGGGAGCUACACAGCGUGUUCAUCCAACAACUGUACAGGGAGGCGCUGUUCGAGGAGAUGCUGCAGGAGAGGGAGGACAUUGCAUCGAAGCGGCAGCGGUGCAAAGACAUAUAUGCAGUGCUGCAGCAGGCCGCAUGGACGCUAGACGAGCUCCCAUUAGACCCAGACGCCCCCUCUCGCCCCGCCUCCUCUGCUCUCGACGCCACCGGUCUUCCCCCGUCCUCCGGCCUCCUUCCACCUUCUCCUGGCUACCCCUCUCCCGCCCCCUCGUUGCCCUACCGCCCUGCACUCGCCUCUGCUGGUGGUGCUGGUGGUGGCGGUGGUUCUUCAUAUGGCUACGGGCAUGGACGGGGAUUGAGCAGCAGAGAAGGGGGGAUGGCGCCCAUUCCUUAUGGCACUCCAAGCAGUCAG